AUGGUGGAGGAGCAUGACGAUGACGAUUAUGGCGGCCAUGACGACGGUGAUUACGUCCGCAUGGGCAGCCACAGAAAGAAUGAACAUCAUUUCCCGCAUCAAAUGAAUCAAUACUUGUCGAUAUCACUUCUUCUUCUCCGAUGUUUGGAUCAAGCGGUUCAUACUUAUUUUCUUCGAAAACAAGUAAAUCCCAAUCCCAACUUCCAUUUUCUACAAAACCCUAAUCGAUCACCACAUCUUCUCGACAACAAGAAACCUAACUGCUCCGCAACCUCUCCCAUGGCUACAAAACAAGAAUCCCAAAUGACAGACGAAGCUCCAACUGGUAUUAUUUUCUCUAAACCUACCUACUCUACGAAGAAGAACGACUAUCGUAUCCUCGAUGAUCUCAGAAAUGGAGCCAUGGCCGUCGUCUACAGAGCCUUAUGCAUUCCCAAGAACGAGCACGUGGCCAUCAAGAUCAUCGAUGGCGAUUUCAUCGAGAAGAACCUUGACGUCCUCCCCGUGGCCAGCGGCAACAUUCUGAUUCCCGAUCAUCCCAACUUCCUCAAACAUCACUGCAACAUCACCGUCGGGAACAAGCUUUGGAUCGAAAUCAUUGCUCCAAUACUUUACGGAGUUUUGCCGGCAAUGCAACUGUACAUUGCGAAGGAUUUGUUCAUAAGGGCAUCAAGCCUGGGAACAUUUUUCUGGACGAGAAGGGGAAUCAAGGCGAGGGGUAAGGGGUCCCCUUGCCUGGAUCCGGGGGCGCGGAGUGGCCCCCAGACAACGGAAUUGCUGUGUGAUGUUUCCGGUACUUUGUCGACGUUGUUUCCGGUGAUCUCUCCGCCUUAUUGGGUGGCGCCGGUGGCAGUCAGGGGUAAAUUCAGCGAUAAAGCCGAUGUUUAUUCUUUCGGCAUUGUAGCUAUGGAAGUGUUCUUGGGACGGCCUCCGGUGUUGGUGUUUCCGGAGUCGAAUUACUUGGGCAAGAAAAUUGCGAAGCGUUUUCAAUACUCUGAUCAUUUUAGGAAUUCGAAAGCAAGUAUGAAGAAGUGUCCCGACGAACUUUGGGACCUUAUUAACGACUGCCUUUGCCGGGAUCCCAUGGAAAGGCCCAAUUCUACGACGUUGCUGUCGCAUCCAUUCUUUGAAAUGAAGGGCAGUGGGAUUGAGUAUUUGGCCAAGAAUUUGAACGAGGGAUUGCCCGAUGUUAAAGAAAGGUUUAGGAUGAUGAAACCGUUCCCUUUCUCGUCGAAUUCUGGUGACGAAAGUUCGAUGCAGAGGCCGAUUUUGGGGUGGAAAUUGAGCUCGGAAAGGUGUGAAUUGGAUCCUAUUUUCUCUGCAGAGAGUGUGUUAAUGGAGACGACGAUGAUGGGGUUGCGGGGAAGUGUGAAUGUGGGAAAUGUGACUUUUGUUAAUAUCGGCGAGAAAAUUGCAAAAAUUAUCCAACGGACAAUGGAAAGCGAAACUGAAAGAGCGGUGGCGGAACUGGUGAAGGAAAUGAAGAUUGAGGAAUUAAUGGAGACUGAGGAGACGGAAGCAGUGGAGGAAUUUGCAAUGGAGUUGCAGAAGGAGGAUGAGAAAGGGAAGAAGAAGAAUUAG